CGGCCGGCGCGCCGUCCGAGGGCGCGCGGUUGGCGCCGCGCGCGGAGGGGGCGCCGGCGUCGCCGUCUUCGCCGCCGCCGUCGCCGCUGCAAGGGCGCGGGGGCCACACGGGCCCCUUCGCCUGCGACCGCUGCGCCUUCCGCUCCGUCAGCAAGUGGUCGCUCAACCGCCACCGCGCCACGCACGAGCAGCGCGACAAGACCUUCCUCUGCGCCGCCUGCGGCAGCAGCUUCUUCAGCAAGCGUUCGCGUGCCGCGCGCCGGGCUGCGU